AUGUUUGUUCCGGUGUUGUUUACUUCACUUCCUGCUGUGACCUUUCAAGUUUUGACUAGGAAAAGGAAUUCAUUUCAUCCACUCUUCAUUUCCAUUUCCAUAUCGCUACACAGAAUCUUUUUCCAUAUCACAAAUCAUGCAUCAACGUACCAAUGGGUCAAAGGAAGCAUUAUCAAGUAUUCCCAUGUCAUUCUCCUUCCUCGUCUCCCGACUUCAUUCAAUCGCAAGAGUCCCUGCCUUAAGGGGUUCAGGAUCAGGGGUCAGCACUCCAUUUCAGCCUCUAAUUUCAUCAUAGUCUUCCUCCCUUCUAUCCGCGGCUAGAUAUCCCAUUCCAUCUCAUCCCAUGCCUUGAUCGUCUCCUCCCUGUCUUCAUCCAGCCGAGCCGAGCGGCUGUACAGCAAAUGGCCAGGCGAUUCCGGCCCAACAUCCAUCUCCUAUAUCCCUCAUCCGUAAUCCUUAACGGUUUGGAGGCUGGUGCCUGACUUUGGGCUGUGAAAUAGCCGCCAUGUGCCGUGCCGUGCAAACGGUUUUAAUAUAUUUUAUAUUAGCGAGGGCGGGAGGCGAGGGGGGAGAUAGAUGAAUUGGCGUGGCAUGUGCAAUCCAUACAGAUGACACAGUUAUAUUACAGUGCAGUACCUGAGAAAAAUAGGUACGGUAUGCAAUUAUAUUGAAGUGCAGGUGAAUUGAAGUAAAGUACCGCCGGUACGUACUACCGACGGAUAGAAUACUACACCACCACGCGAGCGACCGAUCGAGCGUCCUGCGCUAUGUGUACGUAAGUACUAUCUAUCUGCAUACCAUGCUACGUUGGCUGUCGAUUACAUUUCUCCCGUAGAUGCAACUUCACGUCACGGUACCUUGCCACAUGUCAUUUUAGAGUUCGGAUGAAAAGAUCACGUAUACGAUUUCGUACAGCAAGUACAAUGAUCCUGAAGUGUACACUGCAUUGCAUAGCAUAACACCGCAAAUCCUCCGAGUAACUAACCGACCGAGCAACCGACGGAGAAAUUCAAAGCGAUAGUCCAUAGGAAAUAAAGCCUGGUACGGCAUGGUACAGCGGUGUAAGGAACGUACGGGACGGGCAGGUAUACAUGCGUACGUGCAUGUACUUUAUUCUCGGUCCUUGUUCUGCAGGCGAUAUAGUGGGUUGAUAUAUUGGGUUUGUAUUCAGGCAGUGUUGUGCCGAAUUAAGCGAAGGGAGGGGAUCCGGAGCCGGGAGUGGUUGAAAUAAUCGUGAACUUGCUACUGACUAUGGGACGGGUAUAAGGUGUCCUUGUGAUUGCUAGCGUAGAUAAACUCAACAGUUCUUUAGUAAAUCUCAGGGGCUGAGAUAGAAGGAGACGCAAUACACGGUGCAAGCAUCUCUAUUGGGAGUUACCCCUCAUUGUUGGUUUGAUUUGAUGGCGGGGGUGGGGUACAACUAUGAGGUGCGCGCAGAUCAGUAUCAAUUCGGCCAGUACCGACGCCACAACUAUCAUCUAGAGUAAGGAGAACCAAAAGAUAGACUGAUUUCUCUUGCAUUCAUGUCGAUGUGUGGCGCAGUGUGUCGGCCAUAGUACGGAGGACGGUGUUGCGGGGUAAAUAGAUGUUGAAACUUGAAAAUCAGGUUGUUACAAGCAGCUGUGAGGAUCCCGGAUGAGACAAUGGACUGAAGUUAUGUCGGUUUAAUAAUGAGAACAGGAUUUUUUCCUUGAUAUUAUUGUGAUACAGCAGUCGAAAAUUUUAAGUGGUGAUAUUUCCCGCAACUGGCUCGUGAGAUGGCACGAUGUCAUUUCUCAGAUGAAGAGUUUGGCAAGAAGUAAAGUUACGUCGCCGAAUUCAGAUGGCAGUCUCCUAACAACUUAAGAUAACAUAAGAUAGAAGUAAGCUGAGCCCCAUGCACUUUGGUUUAGUCAAUAGUCUCCCAUCCUCGCAAUCCCUAAGAACAACAACAACCUACAAGACAAGGACGUGCAGCAAGUAACACACCACGGCCACUCCCGAAUCGCGAGAUGCACCCCAUCACUUGAAAUCAGGGGAACGUACCUGCCGCACCUGUAAUGUACAGACAGGUCAUGCCGUCGCUGCGAGGUACCUGAGGGUGUGCACUCCUUCGGUAACGAAGGGACUUGGAGCUUCCGUCUCCCCUGAACAGCAAUCUGGGGCAUCUUCCGGACUCCGUUCCAUGCACAACUAUUAGCAUUCCUGUUUUUGAGAUGAAGAAGAAAACUUGCGCUUGCGUGUCCAGGUUUCUGGGAUCGAAAAGACCAGGAGGAGAGAGGUGGUUGUUGGUUCUGGUAAUAUCUCGAAAUAAGGGUUCGCGUGGGGGUGAGUGACAAGUUAUGUUGCACCUGUCAUCCGAUGUUUACUCCCACACGGAAGGCAUUUUCUGUGCAUUCAGAAUCUCAGAUAUGCUGUAAUUUCCACAAUUUUCGACAUUGAAACAAGAGCGGCGAGAAACCAGAGAAGGAGAUUUUGCUCCGAAAGUGCACCAUUUCAAAGGGGUAGGUAGACGGGACGCGGAAAAAGAGAGGGUUGACGUGCAGGUGCGGCGGAAGGAUAUGCACCCCACGCGCUCCCGCUGUCAGUUGCGAAUAUGUGCUGCAUAACAUGUGCGCAUUCAUAUUCAUAUCUGCCAUAUCGCAAAUAAACAGUUAGCCUGGCAAAUAAUGAGAGUUAAAGAUAUGUAUUUACUGUGGAUUAUACCUCCCUUUUCG